AUGGAUCGCUGCGGGACUGUUUUCCUUUGCCUGUGCCUCUUGAUGUCUCAAAGCAGGACAGAGGAUGCGUCCCUGCGCUGGAUGAAGAAAAUGGAGAUGAUAGCUAAGAGCCGGAGCCCCCCUCCUUCUGCUGAGCUCAUCCAUGGCCUAGAGUUGAGUCUGCUCAAUGCCAGCUUCAGGGGCCACAACCUCACCUUGCAGACGCCCACCAUCCAGACACUGGCCUUCAAGCUGGGCUGCAACUUCUCUGGUCUCUCAGUGAACAGUGCCGCUCUGGAGCAGGUCCCCCAGGCCCAGACCCAACAUGCCAUGCAGUUCCCAGCUGAACUGACUCGGGAUGCCUGCAGGACCCGCUCCAGGGAGCUGCGUCUCAUCUGCAUCUACUUCUUCAGCACCCGCUUUUUUCAGAAAGACAUCAACUCAUCUCUGCUCAAUAACUAUAUUCUGGGGGCCCAGCUGAGCCACGGACACGUGAGAAACCUCAGUGAACCAGUGAACAUAAGCUUCUGGCACAACCAAAGCCUGGAAGGCUACAUGGUGACUUGUGUCUUCUGGAAGGAGGGAGCCAGCAAGAACCACUGGGGGGCCUGGAGCCCUGAGGGCUGUCACACAGAACAUCCCUCAGCUUCCCAGGUGCUCUGCCGCUGCAACCACCUCACCUACUUUGCCGUUCUCAUGCAACUCUCCCCGGCCCCGGUCCCUGCAGAGUUGCUGGCACCUCUCACGUACAUCUCCCUGGUGGGCUGCAGCAUCUCCAUCGUGGCCUCGCUCCUCACUCUCCUGCUGCACCUCCAUGCCAGGAAGCACAGUGACUCCAUAACAGGCAUCCACAUGAACCUGCAAGCCUCUGUGCUGCUCCUCAAUGUCGCCUUCCUGCUGAGCCCGGUGCUGGCCACGUCCCUUGUGUCUGGGUCAGCAUGCAUAGCACUGGCCGCCACCCUGCACUACGCGCUGCUCAGCUGUCUCACCUGGAUGGCCAUCGAAGGCUUCAACCUCUACCUCCUACUUGUGCGCGUCUACAACAUCUAUAUCCGCCGAUACGUGCUCAAGCUCUGUGCCGUGGGCUGGGGGGUCCCGGCCUUCCUGGUGCUGCUCCUUCUUGCCGUCAAGAGCUCAGUUUACGGAAUUCACGGGAUCCCACUCUCCGACAGCCAGGGAAACAGCACGGGCUUCCAGAACGUAUCCAUAUGCUGGGUGCAGAGCCGCUGGGUGCACAGCGUCCUGGUCAUGGGCUACGCUGGCCUCACGUCCCUUUUCAACCUGGUGGUGCUGGUCUGGGCGCUGCGGGUCCUGCGCAGACUGCGGGAGCAGGAGAAGGCGCCGGACCCCCGGGCCUGCCGGGACACUGUCACCGUGCUGGGCCUCACCGUGCUGCUGGGCACCACCUGGACCUUGGCCUUCUUCUCCUUUGACAUCUUCCUGCUGCCCCAGCUCUUCCUCUUCACCAUCUUCAACUCACUCUACGGUUUCUUCCUCUUCCUGUGGUUCUGCUCCCAGAGGUACCGCUCAGAGGCAAAGGAGAAAGCAGAGAUGGAGACGUUCAGCUCCUCCCAGACAGCGCAGUAGUCUGGACUGUCUGGACCUCCUGGCCUGUCCCCAGCCUCUCUGGCUGCCUGUAGCC